AUGUCAUUUGUUUCUCUUGAACGUCUCUAUGCAGCAUCUUAUCCAACAAAAACAUUUCUAAAACAACCAAUGGUUGCUAUCAUACUAUCUAUUUUAACCAUGUGCGUUAUAUUUGGAAUGCAUUUAUACGAAAUAUUCUAUUAUACAGUCCAAUUUGAAUCUAAAACAAAUUCAACAAUUUGUGUUAUUGAUUAUAGUAAACAACAUGGUUUCUGGACGGUAUUUAAUCGUGUUAAUGUGUUAAUCAAUUAUAUUGUACCAUUUCUUCUACAAUUUGUUUCCAUUUUAUUAUUACUUAUUGCAUUAGCACGUAAGAAAAAACGUGUACAAAAUACAGACGAUGCACUUAUAAAACAAUUUAAGACAAAUAAAGAAUUAUUUAUAACACCUACUAUUUUAAUUUUAAGUGCAUUGCCACCGGUUAUAUUGUCAUUUAAUUUUCAAUGUAAAGAAUUAAAUCAAUCGUGGCAACGAUAUAUGUUGUUAAUCGCAUAUUUUCUGUCGUAUUCGCCUCAAAUACUCGGUUUUAUAUUGCAUGUAUUACCAUCAACAUUAUAUAAAAAAGAAUUUAGUUACACCGCAAAUACUAUAUCACGUCGGAUCAAUGUACAAUAA